AUGUCGGGACUUUCCCGUUAUACCUCGUCGUUUGUCUUUGACCUGAGAUGUCGGACUCAUUUAGUGUACGUGCUCGGCCUUCAGCUGGAUGGAGUUAGGCUCGGUCUUUGGUGUUCACUUACUGAUUCCACAAUUGGCCAGGCGAAUGCAGAGCUCAGCCCGACUCGGGCUCCAUCCCCCAAGCGAAGACGUGUCGCGCUAGCAUGUCAGCAUUGCCGAGAGCGCAAAGUCCGAUGCGAUGGAGAAAGACCUACCUGUGGUGCGUGUCGAAAAAGAGGAAGCGCAGGGCAGCCAUGCGAGUAUCUGGUCAUCGCAGACACGGCAAAAUACCAAACUGAAAAGGCAUACUUACAUUCGUUGCGGACUCACAUUACAGAUCUAGGGGGAUCGCAACCCGUCUCAUCCCUUCGGCAAACCGAGCCUGUCCACCCGGGCCAGGAUAGUCGAUCGGGACAAGCCUCUGGUGGAACCAGCUUUCCCAUGUCUCUUGCUGCCAUGGGCGCAGCAGUUCCAGGUACACCGGAUACGACUUGUCAGGAUCAAUACUAUGGGCAAUCAUCUCUCGCGUCGCUGGUUCAUCAAUAUGCCCAAAGCUCACCGGGCCAACACUCGGCACGGUCUAAAAGUUAUCAAGAGACGCCAAAUAGCAUGUCGCCACCAUCACUACUACCUUGUGCCAAUGGUCCCCUGUCCCCAAAUAUGGCUACCUUGAUCUCGGACGACUUCUCGCUUCCGCCGAGGCGACUCGCGGACUGGCUGCUUGACGUGUACUUCACUAAUAAUCACAUCUUUUACCCCUGGGUUCACAAGGAGAGUUUCAUGGCUACAUAUGAAAAUAUCUGGACCAAUAAGCCGAGCAGUGCUCAUACGAGCCUCCCGGAUGUCGGUCUCGGGGGUAUCAAUUGCCCAUUGGGCGUGUUCCAUUGUGCCCUCAAUGCAAUGUUCGCUAUUGCAUGUGAGUUCUCUGACAUGGAACCUCGCGACAAGCGAAAUUCGUCUAUGAUGUUCUACGAACGCAUGAAAAGCUUAAUGAAUGUCGACAUUCUCGACAGCGGUAGCUUGGCCCACGUGCAGUCGCUUUUGAUGAUCUCGAUAUAUUUACAGUGUACACCAUUCCCAAAAAGAUGCUGGAAUGCCAUUGGUAUGGCACAUAGAAUGGCUGUGGGUCUGGGUCUGCAGAAUCGUCGACAAUUUAGUGGUCUUUCCGCCUUGGAGAGGGAGAUGCGGUGGCGAGCAUGGUGUGCAUGUGUGCAGAUGGAUGUCAUGACAACCGGACGGCCGCCCAUGACACAUGAUUAUUCGAACGUCCCGCUGCCCUCGCCGGUUGACGAUAGAUAUCUAGCCGCCAGCAAAGAAGGGUCUUCACAACCGGACGGAAUCAUAUCAAAGAAUCAAUUCUUGCAUCAGAAUAUGAAACUUAUCGGAAUACUUUGGAAAGUUCUAUUAACGGUCUACCACAGUGGAGAUGAACCUACGAGCAGACAAUCUUCGCCAACGCCCGAAAGCGAUUUCAAAGCUAUCAUGGAGAUAGACCGAUCCUUAGAGGAGUUCGAAUACUCGCUUCCCGAUGUCUUCGCAUGGAAGCUACCCAAUGUCACAAGUCCUGAUCGCACAUUCCGACGACAAUCAAAUGUUCUACAUGCAAGAUAUCUUCACCUGAAGCUACUGCUAUACCGACCAACAUUUAGCACCUACUGCUCAAAUGCCAACUCACAGCCUGGCCAGUCCAGUUCCUGGUCAGUGAUGUACCAGCAAAAUGCGGCUUUGAGGUGUGUGCGAGCUGCUUGCGACCUUAUCUUCUCUCUUUCAAGGGCCACAACCGAAGAUUCAACAGGCGCCUGGUGGUACGGAGUAUUCUACCUCAUAAGUGCUGGAGUCGUUUUAGUUCUUGUCGAAUCAAGUGGCGCCGACUUUCCUGGUAUACCGGAAGGACAACGAGACUACUCCUGGAAUGAAUGCCUUGAGACGCUGGAUAGAAUGGUUGCGGUACAUCCAUCAGCCAGAGAUUAUCAUAUUGCGUUACAUGAUCUCAAAAAGAGCCAUACGACAAAGGCCAGUCGAAGUAAGAUGCUCUUCCCUUAUAUUAUCGCAAUACCUAGAGUCUCGAAGUCUGACCUCAUAUUUGCAGCAAACACCGGCAUGAGACAGUUCCCAGCUAGCGAGGCCCCUGGUCAUGAAAUUGAAGGAGAAGGGGAGAACGUAGACCAAAUGCCGUCUAGCGUGAUCCAGAGUGGCGAGAUCGAUUACGAGCUGCCUAGUCCGUUCUUCCAUAACUGGGAGGCGGAGCUCAGUGAUAUCAUGCUUCCUGCGCACUUCUUACAGAACCUUGACGACGAAUUGUUGUUGCCAAAUCUAUUUUGA